AUGUCUCAUUUAAUUUCCAAGCCAUUUACCAUUUUAUGCAGCAAGGUAAUAGGUGCAAGGUUCUACAACCACGGUUCCACCACUCCCCACCCAAAUCCAUCCCCAAUAGAUGAGGAAGGCCACGGCAGUCACACUUCGUCCACCAUAGCAGGUGCCUCGAUAGCAGGGGCAAGCUUAUACGGUUUAGCCAAAGGCACAGCUCGAGGUGGGGUUCCAUCAGCACGCAUUGCAAUGUACAAGGUGUGUUGGGCCGAUGGUUGCAGUGAUAUAGACCUUCUGGCUGGACUAGAUGAUGCCAUUGAUGAUGGAGUUGACUUGAUAUCAAUAUCCAUCGGAGGGGAUUCGACAAGCUAUUUUAACAGUCCCAUUGCGAUCGGUGCCUUUCAUGCAAUGAAGAGGGGGAUUUUGACAACAUGUUCAGCUGGGAAUAACGGCCCAUAUUUGUAUUCUGUGCAAAACACAGCUCCUUGGAUAUUGACUGUUGGCGCUUCUGGCAUGGAUAGGCAGUUUAGGACUCUGGUUAAAGUUGGAAAUGGCAUAAAAACUGCUGGAUUUUCCAUCAACACGUUUUCACCAAAUAAACGGAUGUACCCUCUAACCACUGCGGUAAAAGCAGCCAAUAGAAGUUUAGAACAAGAUCACUCUCCUUGGUUAUGUGAUGAUGGGAGUUUGGACGUAAAUAAGGUCAAGGGAAAGAUUGUGCUAUGCAAAGAAGGACUAAUUCAAGAUUACGUUAAGCAAAUAGGUGGGUUGGGGGCUCUUGUAUCUCUCCAACAGCAGACAGAUACAGGGUUUACAUUUACCAUCCCUGCUGCCUUCAUUGAUGCUAAUGUUGGUGACAAAAUUGAAAUAUAUGUCAACUCAACCAGAGCCCCUCAAGCUGUCAUAUACAAGUCUAUAGCAGUCCACAAUGCCGCUACACCCUUUGUGGCUUCCUUUUCAUCUCGAGGCCCGAACACGAUCUCUUCCACCAUAAUUAAGCCGGAUAUUGUGGCACCUGGAAUAGAUAUUCUCGCUGCUUACUCUAAACUUUCAUCAGUGACUGGGGAUCUUGAAGACAACCGAUUUGAUGUGUAUAAUAUAAUUUCUGGAACAUCAAUGGCUUGCCCUCAUGUGGCAGCUGCCGCUGCCUAUGUCAAAUCAUUCCACCCUAAUUGGUCUCCUGCUGCAAUCAAAUCGGCCUUAAUGACAACUGCAUCUGAAUUGAAAAUCAAAGAUGUCCAAGCUGAGUUAGCCUACGGGGCCGGCCAAAUUGACCCAGUUAGAGCACUGCAUCCCGGUUUGAUCUAUGACGUGUCAAAGUCCGACUACAUCCACUUCCUAUGUAAUGAGGGUUACUCCGGGACAGCACUAAAAGUGUUCACUGAAGAGAAAACAAAUUGCUCAAGUAUCCCUGACAUUGGAGGACAUGAUGCCCUAAAUUACCCAUCCAUGUAUUUGCAACUUAAUAGCGCUAACUCUAGUAUAUCAGCCAUCUUUCAUAGGACAGUUACAAAUGUUGGCUUGGAAAAAGGUAUAUACAAGGCAAUUGUCAAGGCACCAGCAACUCUCAAGGUCACUGUUGUUCCGAAAGAACUAGCUUUUAGUCACUUGUACGAGAAAAAAUCUUUCAUGGUUGUGAUAAAGGGGCCACCAUUGAACAAUAUUUCCAGUUUAUCAGCAUCACUGGAAUGGAAUGACGGUAAACACAGAGUUAAGAGCCCUAUACACAUUUUUUUGGACAUAUAG